AGGUUACUAAAGCGGUAUUCUAUGCUACUGGAAUAAUUUUUUUGGACUUAUUAACUCGGGAUAGUUAUAUGAUAUGAUUUGAAAACAAAAUACGUGAACCAUCAGAAGUUAGGGAGAUUCCUUCGCCUUUUUUUUGGCCAUUUAGUUGAAUUCCCCAUCACGACCCGCUCAAUCAACCACCAGAAGAAAGGCUGUGGUUUAACAUUGUGUUCAGGUAAUUGAAGGCAGUAACCUUAUUUAAGGACUCGUGAGUAUAUCGUAACAUAACUUAUGACUUCGAUACAUCAACAUUCGCUGUAUUCCGGUUUUUAAACACUACAGGCAAGAAGCCUCUGAAUGCAAUGUCCCGGUGCAAAUGGGGGCAGAGGCGUAGCGAAGGGGUGGCGGGGGGGGACAGAUGUCCCCGGGCGCCAGCUAGUUAGGGGCGCAAAAAUGCGCUUUGAUAUUUCUUUAUUGAUGAAAAUAAUGGGUUUGAGAGUUGAAAAAAAAAGAAAAAGGGGGCGCUUUAAAAUGGAUCUUGUCCCCGGGCGCGAAUCUUGUCCCCGGGCGCCAAACACCCUCUGCAUGGGGGUGCAGAGAUUGUUGCUGGGGUGAAUAUGUUAUUAAGUAUGUGCCUGUGUAUGUAAUGCUUUUCAAGCAAACAAGAAGCACUUUAACAGACAAUAUCGCUCGAAUGUUUUAUUAAACUAAAAUGCAAAUAUAACUCCAACAUUUAGAGGCGCAUCCCAGGUUACCAGUUGCACACCUAGACCCUUUCCAUAUUUCCAUGCCGUAGCUCUGCCCAUCUCAGAUUUCCACGGCACACCUAAAAUCUUUCCAUAUUUCAUUGGAACACUUAGACCCUUGCUAGACUACAACGGCACUCGUUGUUAUACAUGAUCGUAUUUAUUUAUUUAUUUAUUUAUUUAUUUAUUUAGGCAUUUUUAUAUAGCGCUUAUCAUAUAGCUCUAAGCGCUUUACAAUUAUUAAAACAUGUAAACUAAGUAAAUACAAAUGAGACACUAGGAUAGUAACUACUAUUCUAUAGAAACAAUGAAAAUGGCUAUAAAAAGAGGACACUUUGACACUUCAGGAUUAAACCGAAACAGAAAAUUAGGUAGGGCAAGGAGGGUGCAUCACAGGUCAUAGGUGGACCUAAACAGAUGAGUUUUAAGGGACUUUUUGAAAAUGGACGAGGUUUCACUAUGACGUAUAUCUAUUCUUUUAACGUGAUUGUAACAAUUCUUUAAAUUAUAAGCUUGUAUUCAUUGUCAGUGAGAGUAUGUGAUGUUGAUUUUCGGUGUCAAGUCGUGAUGUGUAUAAUGUGACAGAAUGAAUGAGUUUCUCUUUUUUUUCAUUCAAUCCUUGCCCCUUUAAUCAAAAUCUAAACUCAGUAACAUAUGACAGCGACUAAGUGGUUUAAAAAAAAACUGGAUAAAAUGGUGUGUACAUUUUUGUAAGCGACGGCAAACAUUGUAUUUUUUUUUUGUUGUUGUUGUACGAGUGUGUUAGUGUUUUUAUGAGUGGAGUGUAUCUUAGGAUUCUUGAUAGGAGAAUAGUUUUCGUUUCUAAUUUGAACCACAGGAAUUAUUAUUUAUGCAUUGUUGUGUAUUGUGUUUUACACAGCAUAUUAAUUAAGGAAAACGGAACAUUUUAAACUGUCUCGUGAUAAUUUGUCGUUACACUACACACCAGCCUUGCAGGGGCUAGGAGACAACAACAGAGUUCUACCCAUCUGCCUUGUAUGGGCUAGGAGACAACAACAGAGUUCUACACAUCUGCCUUGUAGGGGCUAGGAGACAACAACAGAGUUCUACACAUCUGCCUUGUAGGGGCUAGGAGACAACAACAGAGUUCUACACAUCAGCCUUGUAGGGGCUAGGAGACAAUAACAGAGUUCUACACAUCUGCCUUGUAUGGGCUAGGAGACAACAACAGAGUUCUACACAUCUGCCUUGUAGGGGCUAGGAGACAACAACAGAGUUCUACACAUCAGCCUUGUAGGGGCUAGGAGACAACAACAGAGUUCUACCCAUCAGCCUUGUAUGGGCUAGAAGACAACAACAGAGUUCUACCCAUCAGCCUUGUAGGGGCUAGAAGACAACAACAGAGUUCUACACAUCUGCCUUGUAUGGGCUAGAAGACAACAACAGAGUUCUACCCAUCAGCCUUGUAGGGGCUAGAAGACAACAACAGAGUUCUACACACAAGCCUUGUAGGGGCUAGGAGACAACAACAGAGUUCUACACAUCAGCCUUGUAGGGGCUAGGAGACAACCACAGAGUUCUACACACAAGCCUUGUAGGGGCUAGGAGACAACAACAGAGUUCUACACAUCACCCUUGUAGGGGCUAGGAGACAACCACAGAGUUCUACACACAAGCCUUGUAGGGGCUAGGAGACAACCACAGAGUUCUACACACAAGCCUUGUAGGGGCUAGGAGACAACAACAGAGAUCUACACAUCAGCCUUGUAGGGGCUAGGAGACAACAACAGAGUUCUACACACAAGCCUUGUAGGGGCUAGGAGACAACAACAGAGUUCUACACACAAGUCUUGUAGGGGCAAGGAGACAACAACGAAGUUCUACACAUCAGCCUUGUAGGGGCUAGGAGACAACAACAGAGAUCUACACACAAGUCUUGUAGGGCUAGGAGACAACAACGAAGUUCUACACAUCAGCCUUGUAGGGGCUAGGAGACAACAACAGAGUUCUACACACAAGUCUUGUAGGGCUAGGAGACAACAACGAAGUUCUACACAUCAGCCUUGUAGGGGCUAGGAGACAACAACAGAGAUCUACACAUCAGCCUUGUAGGGGCUAGGAGACAAUAACAGAGUUCUACACAUCUGCCUUGUAUGGGCUAGGAGACAACAACAGAGUUCUACACAUCAGCCUUGUAGGGGUUAGGAGACAACAACAGAGUUCUACACAUCAGCCUUGUAGGGGCUAUGAGACAACAACAGAGUUCUACACAUCUGCCUUGUAGGGGCUAGGAGACAACAACAGAUUUCUACACAUCAGCCUUGUAGGGGCUAGGAGACAACAACAGAGUUCUACACACAAGCCUUGUAGGGGCUAUGAGACAACAACAGAGUUCUACACAUCUGCCUUGUAGGGGCUAGGAGACAACAACAGAUUUCUACACAUCAGCCUUGUAUGGGCUAGAAGACAACAACAGAGUUCUACACACAAGCCUUGUAGGGGUUAGGAGACAACAACAGAGUUCUACACACAAGCCUUGUAGGGGUUAGGAGACAACAACAGAGUUCUACACACAAGCCUUGUAGGGGCUAGGAGACAACCACAGAGCUCUACAUACAAGCCUUGUAGGGGCUAGGAGAUAAAAUGGGGUUCUAGACUCUAACAUUGUUUUAUUGGACCGUACGGAACUUACCUUCUAGUAGACAACUUUCUUUUUGCCACAUUGGGGUCCCAUGAAACCAGCCACACAAGACAUAACUGCUCGCCACAGGAAGGCCCGUCAAAAGAUCCACACCAGUCAUUUGUCGCAGUCAGGCCCAUCAAAAGAGCCAUAACUUUAUACCAUUUGCACCUGUUGUACCCGUCAAAAGAGACAUCCAAGUCAUACCAUUCGCCAUAAGGAGGCUAUUUAAAAGAUCCGUAUCAGUCAUAUCCAUUUGUCAUUAAUUAGGCCCGUCAAAAGAGUCUUUCCAAUAAAAAAAAACAUGGUCAAUACAACCUUAGUAGGCCCGUCAAAAGAGUCUUUCCAAUAAAAAAAAAACAUGGUCAAUACAACCUUAGUAGGCCCGUCAAAAGAGUCUUUCCAAUAAAAAAAAACAUGGUCAAUACAACCUUAGUAGGCCCGUCAAAAGAGUCUUUCCAAUAAAAAAAAACAUGGUCAAUACAACCUUGGUAGGCCCGUCAAAAGAGUCUUUCCAAUAAAAAAAACAUGGUCAAUACAACCUUAGUAGGCCCGUCAAAAGAGUCUUUCCAAUAAAAAAUCACAUGGUCAAUACAACCUUGGUAGGCCCGUCAAAAGAGUCUUUCCAAUAAAAAAAACAUGGUCAAUACAACCUUAGUAGGCCCGUCAAAAGAGUCUUUCCAAUAAAAAAAAUGGUCAAAACAACCUUGGUAGGCCCGUCAAAAGAGUCUUUCCAAUAAAAAAAAACAUGGUCAAUACAACCUUGGUAGGCCGUCAAAAGAGUCAUCCCAAUCAAAACAACAUUGGUAGGCCCGUCAAAAGAGCCUUCCAUUUGCUACAAGUAGGUCCUUGAAAAAUGCCAUGCCGAUCAUACUAUUCGCCAGAGGUAGAUACUUCAAAGAGCCAUACCAGUCAAAACAUUUGCUAUAGAUAGAACCGUCAGAAGAUCUUUACCAGUCUUUCCGUUUGCUGCUGGUAGGCCCUUCAAAAAAGCCAUAUCUGUCAUAUCAUUUGCUGCAGGGGCCUUUUUAAAAGAGCCAUGCCUAUCAAACCAUUCGCCACAGGUAGGCCCGUUAAAAGAGCCAUACCAUUCAUUCCAUUCGCCACUUUUAGGCCCUUCUUAAUCUAUAUCCACCUAUGCCCCCCUAUGUCCACUUAUGUCCAUCUAUGUCCACCUAUUUCCACUUAUUUCCAUCUAUGUCCACCUAUAUGUCCAUCUAUGUCCAUCUCUAUGUCCACAUAUGUCCACAUAUGCCCACCUAUGUCCACCUCUGUCCACCUAUGACCUCCUAUGUCCACCUUUAUCCACCUAUGUCCACCUAUAUACGUCUAAAGUCAAAGUUUCUGAAAUUAAUUAACAAUUAAUUGUUUAACAUAAUGUCUCAGAUAUUUGUAAAAAUAUUUUUUUCUCUGCAAAUCUGAUAAUAACUUUAACUAUUAUCCGUGACUAAAUUAAUACCUUUAAGUAGAAUAGACCACAGAAUGAACCAUUGGUCGAUCACAUUUGCAAAGUUUCCUUUUAAAACAAAUGUGGAGGAAUAGGUUUGCCAAGGGAGAAGACUUUUAUCUCUCCUGAUAGCGUGUACACGUAGACAUAACCGAAGAAAAAAAGGCACAUGUUAAUCUUAUGACGAAAUAGUUUCAAAUCAUAAUUGGAUCAUUAUGCAUUGUUACAAAUUUUCACAGGCUGAAUUAAAGAUAUCAAAUCCUCUGUCUUACAUCAAGCGUCCAAAGAAAAUGUCUGAAAUUACGGGAGCCCUUCACCUUCUCAUACUGCUUGUAGUAUUAUGUUACCUAUCAGGUAGGCGUUUGACGAAAUAACAGUUUAUUCUUUGACGUCUUGGCCAAUAUUUAUAAAAAUGGUAUCGGGCAGUAAGGUAAAUAAAUGAUUUCUGUUCAAUGCGUUUCUAUUUGUGACAAAUAUUUAUGUCUGGAACAGCUCUAAAACUCAAUAUAUAUAAUAAUAUUCUUUAAAUGCGUUCUUAAAUUGGUUAAUAAUUGGCUCGUGGAAGGUUAUUUGGAUGGAGCUAUUAUUAAAAUAAGUAAAGAAAAAUUGCAGUAGCAAUUUUUAAAAAAAAAUUGCAACAAUGAAAUGAUCUUUUAUUUUCCCCUUUCCCACGUAGUUUGCAGCGGUUGGGAUACUGAUGCUUCUAGACUCUUUUUGAGACCAGUCUAUUACGAAAAAAGCUGCAGUGAUGGAAUGGUAGCGUAUCAAGACUAUUUCAUCUUAAAGGGUAUUAUCAACAUCACCAACGUUGAAAACGGUCAAAGUGGGACUUUCUCUAUUCGUUUUAUAGAUCGAAGGAUGAACUUCAACGAUUGGGUGAGUAACUCAUUAUAACCAAAUGUUGAACAUCGUGAUCAAAUAUGUCAUUGUGAAGUGGCUUUUCAUGCAUUAGGAUUAUUUUUUGGGGUCAUCUAUCCAAUCUCUGUGAGACGAUGGAAUAGCUUAUUAACGAUUUCUUGAAUGGCUGAUAAGAUGUUGAAGCUGGUUAUUUACACUUUCUUUAAUUGCUCAUGAGACGUUGGAGUAGUUUAUUGAAAAUUUAUUGAAUGACGCAAGAGAUUUUAGAAUAGCUUAUUCCUACAUUCUUGAAUGGCUCAUGAGACAUUUUAGUAGCUUAUUGACAAUGUGUUUAAAUGGCUUUUGCCUUGUUUUUUAAAUUAUUCACUAUCAGAAAAUCGUAAAACAAAUAAUUCUUUUAUCUAAAGAAGAUUCUCGCACACUUGUUUCAGGCUUAUAACAGAUUUGAGUGCCUUUUUAAAAAAAAUUAAAUUGUUAAUCUCAUAAAAAUACACCACCUGGUUACUUUUUGCCAAGUAAAAACAAAAACAUAUUUUCAUAUUUUGAAAGUAAAUAUUAAUCCAUCUCUAUUUUUAAAAAUUAAUUUUUCAAGUGUGUAAAAUGAUUGGGUUUUGAUAUUCAUGGGUAUACUAAAAAAAAUGUACCCACCAUUCGUUAACGCCUUUAAAAUGUUCUUAAUUGGAAAACAUUUGUUUAUUUGUAAAAAGAGAAUGUAACAUAUCUUUCUUCACAAACGUAAUACCAUAGGAGUUAGCUAUAGUGUCAUCCACGUAAAAAUGUACACAUCUUAUUUCCUACUUCCGAAAUGUAUUUACCCAAGAAAAUUAAAUAUUUAUCAAAUUCAUUCCUUUAUUUUAAGACGUAUCGUGUGCUGCCUUGGGCAAAAUGAACAUACACAUAUUUGUAAAAAAGAGAAUGUAACAUCUCAUUUUUCAAAAAUGUAAUACCAUAGGAUUUAAAUAUUUUGUUAUCCACGUGAAAAUGUACACAUCCUAUGUCCUUCCUCCUAUAUGAAUGUACACAAGAAGGUUAAUUAUUUAUCCAAUUCACUCCUUUAUUUUGAGCUGUAUCUUGUGCUGCCUGGGGCAAAGUGACCAACCCAUCCCCCAGCCCAGAUUUAAAUAAAAUUAGAAAAUCUUCCACCGGAUUGUAGUCCCUUUCAUACGCAACUAACAUAGUUUGCACUUCAUAUGGUUGGUUCUUAUUUGUAUGAGGUAUAAGUGGAUUGGUGAAUGCUAUUUGGCUAUGGAAGUGCGCUGCUACUGAUUGCCUCAAACGGCAUUUUCUUAUUAGCAGUGUAUUUAUAGAUUACGUUUUUAUUACGGUGUCAAUUUAAUAAAAGUCUUUUUUUUUUGUGUGGAAUUAAAAAAGCACAACUUAUUAAAUGUUUAAAAUACAACGCUAAAUUUUGUGUGCGUUUUAUUAACAAUUUAAAGAGCAAUCAAUUUAAUUUAUAAAUUUUACUUUUAAGAAAGGAGAAAUUACUUGAUCAGUUUUUUUUAACGCGCGGUUAUUAAUUCAAAGAAACUUAAGAGUUAUGGCAAACAUUUUGGUGACUCACGCCUUAUUGCGUCAUAUACAUGGGUUAUGUAGCACACUUUCCUCGUGCCUUGCACUCUGGUUGACCCCACAUGAGACGGCGGUCGCAUUAGGCGUGGUCCUAUUUUCCCGUUGAUCUAGCCGUUGUUUUCCCACAACUAAAAAUAUAUAAUAUUUUCUAACAGAUUUUUGGGGGAACUUCGAUAAUUGACUAGAAAGAUAAAGAAAUUUCUAGAAGCGUUGGUUCUACCGACGCAUAUGUAUAAAAAGGGAAUUCGGAGAUUUAGGCAGAGAUUCAGAUAGAGAUUAUUAACUUUACGAGACAAUUGUAUUAUUAUUUGUGUGCUCAUAUGCGUUUAUUUCGCAUUCAUCAUUCAUUAUUAUUAAUUGGCACAUUGUACUAAUUGUGUACCGGUACAAGACUUUCCCAUACUCUGUAAGUUGAUGAUUGUUAAUGAUAUUUCUUUUGUUUUGUAAUUGUAUUAUUACUCAAUUAAAUCUUAUUAAUUGUAAUUGGCAACUGUUUUUGCGUGUCGUAUCUUUAUUAUUGUAUUUCUCUAUGGUAUCGUCCUUUGUUGUGCACCGUGGGAACGACCGAUGACUUAAAACAAGAGAUUAAUGUAUCACAAUAGAAGCCAGUUCGUAACAAAUUGGGUUGCUCGUCCGUGGAUACUUGAAUCCAUAUUUUAUUCUCAUUAGUCCCCAAUUUCAAAAGCGUGUUUAUUAAAAAGAAAUUAAUUUUGAUUUUAUUUCGCAAUAUUAACAACGCACUAGAAAACGCACUAAAAACAACUGAUGUUUGGGUUUUCCCGAUGAAUGAGAUUACGAUGUAAUUCUUAGAUCACAAUUUAAUUACGAAUUUUUUUUUCAUAGCUUUUAAAUUCAGAUAAAUUGUUUAAAAUGUUCCUUAGCUAUUACUUAAAAUGUAUUUGUAAUUUACAAUAAUAAUACUUAAACUUUUACUAAAAUAAAAGCGGAUUUAAAUAAUUUUUUGCGCAUUUAACUUUAUUUGAUUGAUGUCAAAAAAUAGAAAAAAAAACUAUGAUAAUCCGAAAGUACUUAAGUAGUAUUGGUCCUUUGGCGUUUUUUCACUUUGGCUCAAUCUUAAAUAUAUAUUGGAUCAGCCAUCAUUAAAUCUAGGUAAGGAUAAAUAGGAAUUCUUAGGCGUAAGAAAUAACACAUGUUACCGAAGGCCAUGGACAAAUUGUUAUGAUGUAAGAGAAAGAAAUCACACAUAAUACCAAAAUUCAAGGAGAAAUGGGGUUACUUUGGGAGUAAGAAAUAUCACAUAUUGCUGAAAGUCAACGAUAAUUGAGAUUACAUUGGGAGUAAGGAAUAUCACAUUUUACCAAAAGUCAAGGACAAAUGAGGAUACAUUUGCUGUAAAAAAAAAACAAAAAAACACACAAACACAAAGAUAUUACGGACAGGCAAGGACACAUUUCAAUACUUUGGUAGUAAGAAAGACAGUUAUACAGAUAUGUAAGAAAGUUUGUAAGAGGAAAAGGAUUUUGAAUACCGGAAAAUACAUUACAUUUUAAAGACAAGUUGAAUGAUUGGAUUAUCCAAUGUCAACUAAAAAUGCUUCAACAUGCAAGUUUUAAAAAUAAACCCUUAUAAUGCCUUCAGAUUGGUGAAACCAUAUUUUGGUUGAAAGGAGCAACCUGUAGAGACGUGAAUCAUGUUAGGAUCGACUCUUGUGCCUGCACGUUCAUGGAUACGAAACACGUCCGACUCAUGUGUAACCUAACGGCAAAAACUGCUUACAGCCAAACGCAAAUGUUUUUGCGCUUUGCCAAUAAGGGAAUAUUUACAUACAGUCCUGGUUUUCAAACGCCUCGUGUAUACGGUAAGACAUGUUUUUAAAGAGUUCCUUUGAGAGUAACUUACAUCUGCUUACACCCAAGAGAAAACAAGGAAUAUCGUGAACAAAAAAAAAAUGCUUCAUUAAAGCUGUUUUAUUUUUUUUACAUUAAUCUCUAUUUUCGCUGUUCUUUGAUUUGAAUUUUAGGUCAGACUAGCGAGUACCCAGGCUGCGUUGCAAUAUCACUCCUAGUGAGCUACCGAUACCGUUAGGAUACCAUCCUCUGUGGAAUCCAGUUCCACCAAGGAACCCUCUUUCUGAUGUUAUUCCGUUUCACGAUGGGAUCCCGAUUCCGGUUUGAUCCUGUUACCCGAUGGGAUCGCGUUACCGAUUGGUUCCAGUUGACAGUUGGAUCUCGUUCCCCGUUAGGAUCUUAUUCAUCUACGGGAUCAUGCUUAGGGCGCAUUUGUUUAAAUAAGCUUUUAGAUCUCAUUAAAAAUCCCCGUAGAACAAUACAAAACCUCCAGCAACAUUUUAGAGACAAUUUUAUAUCCUCUAUGAAACCAGUAAAAAAUGUAUUUUCUACGUAAUUUUUCAAAUACGAAAUAGUAUAGAGCUAAAAUGCUCUACUAUAAAAAUAAUAUAUUAAAUUAAAAUAAGGGCACCAGUGGGGGCCCAUUUAAUAAAGUUCCGUUAUGUUAUGUCUGAUAUAUGGGGCACUAUAAAAAUCAUUCAAAGAAUUUUGAAGUUAAAAUUGAAACUGUGUGUCCUUAAAAUCGUGUGUUUAAUGACAUAGAUAUAUUUUUUUUAUUUAAAGUAUCGAAAUGUCUAGAAAAUUUUAGAUCGGGCCUGAAUGGAUUGAAUAUUCUUAGUGUUAAAUCCACAGAUAUUUCAAUUCGAACAAUGAAGUGUAUUGCUACCACGAUAUGCCUAUAUCCAUCAAUUCACAUAGAGCCUAUAGAGUUGUCUAAGACUAUCGAUAUUUAUAUAGCAUAUACAAGGAAAAAUGAAAUGGGCCCCCCCCCCUCCGGGCCCCAGAGAGAUGGAUAUUAUGAGUUCAGUACCCUUCGGUUUUUGAAUAUGGAUAAUCAAGUUUAUGUGUACUAUGUUUGGUCAAGAUCCAUGUAAUCAUGUAGGAAUGUUAAGCCUAUUGAUAUUUACAUAGCUUAUAUGAGGAAAAUGAAAUGAUGUCGCCAGGCCCAGAGGAAUGGAUAUAAUGAGUUAAGUACCCUCCGCCAUUUUAAUACAGAUAAUCAAGUGAUAAACCCCAGCUCCAAACGAAAUGUAAUAAAAAGAUUAACAACUCCAUAGUAUAUGAUUCUGGUUAAUGAUUGAUAUAUGUGCCAAGUUUAAAUCAAGAUCCAUCAAUCCAUAAAAAAAUUAAUGUGCAACAAAUCCACUCACAAACAAACAAACAAACAAACAAACAAACAAUAUAUAUAUAUAUAUAUAUGAUAAGAGGGGGAAAACGAAUUUAGGGCCCCCGGCAACAAACGGAAUAUUGUAGAAAUGGUGGGAUACCUCAGAAACCUAUUUAAUAUGUCACGGACAAAAAUUUAAUGUCGCUAUUUGUAUUUGAUACAAAAUUUUGUCCACAAUUGCAUGGACUGUUUGAAAUUAUAUUCUAAAAGCUCCUAUAACAAAAAAAAAGAACCUUUGACCCCUGGCUCCAAACGGAGCAUUUAAAAAUGGUUGUAAUAAUUCAGAAACGUCUUUCGGGCCUGCGCACAACUCAACAAAGUUGUAUCGCAAUCUCAUGAACGGUACAUACAUAACUUAUUUUUUUUUUUUACGAAGCUCAUAUACGAAAAAUAAGAAUUUAAGGUCAAUGGCUAAAAACGAACUAUUUUAAAUGGGUUGUAAUUACUUAGAAAAAGGCACGGGCUUACGGAAAACAAAUGUGGCUUAAAACUGAACAUCCGACCAAAGUUUUAGCGCUAAGGAUAAAUGGUAUAGGAGCGCAUACGGAUAGUAUUUUUUUACAAAGCUCAUAUAAGGAAAGAAACGAAUUGAGGGCAGCGUCACCAAAACGUACCGUUUGAAAAGAUUUGUAGAGACUCUGAAUAAUGCUCAGGCUUGUAGACUAAACCCACCCAAGUUUUUAUCGCAAUCGUAUGAAUUGUGUAGGGGCCCAUAGGGGACAUAAAUACAUACAUACACACGCACGCACGCACACACGCAUGCAUGCACGCACACACACACGUACACACACACACACACGUACACACACACGCACACACACACGUACACACACACGUACACACACACAUACAUACGUACACACGUACAUACGUACACACACACACGUACAUACACACACGUACACACGUACACACGUACAUACGUACAUACGCACACACGUACAUAUUAUAUAUAUAUAAUCUUCGUUGGCAUUGUGCUCUGCGAUGAUUCUACUUUCAUUGAAUUCUAUGUUGCAUUGCCUCACGCCCCUUUUGCAAAAUUCCUUUAAUCCAAACCGUGUCUGUCCAAUAAGUCUUGAGCCUUCUGCCAACUUACCAUAUAGGAGAUCCUUCAGCAUACGGCCUUCCUUCAUACUCAUUACAUUGCCUUACAAACAAAUGCCCACCUUUCUAAGAUCUUAGUUGAAUUUGCCAGUUGGAGGAUGACUUUUUGGAGAAGGGACUUGAGAUUAUCUUCUAUUUCUGAUGUAAGUCGCACCCUGUACUUUUAUCAGUAAGUUGGAAUUAAAAACAUUUCUUAUCUUAUAAGUACGUUGCAUCUUUCAGGGACCCCUGUGUGCAUAGGACCUUCUGUUAAUCGAGGUAAUACAUUUUUCUUGUUGUCUAAUUUUAACCAGUUCUGAAAUUUAUGUUUAGACAUUUUUUCUAUAUCAUGUGUAGCAUAAAAGAUGGCUACUAAGUUUGGAUUAGGGAUCAGACGGAAAAUCUUUGUCCCAAUGAAUUUUAGUUCUCUAUUCAACUUUGAAAGUUUGUAAAUUAUUAUAAUUAUUAUUAUUAUUACAGUGGUCUUAUGAAGCCUAGGCAGUGCAACAAUUGAAUUGUAAAAAUACGUAAGAUCUGGUUUAUUAUUUUUCCUUUUACAGCAGCCAAGAGCCACCUUGGGAGUUUCUCUGCUGUGCUUGGUAUGUGAUAGUGUGUUAACUUUUGAUGUUAACUUUUGACGCAUGACUCUCAUUUCCCAACUAGGGACCGGGGUUGUCAUGAUUUGAGGGUGGACAUUGGACAAUUAUUCUUCGACCAUAUAUCCGCCCUUGUAAACCCUUGUAAAAAUAAUACCCUUCCUCCCCCUCAGUUUUGCUCUCGCAGUAGUAACCCCGAGUUAUUGCCCUUGUUGUUAUUGCAUUGCUAAGACAGACAGCUCACGCAAAAGCGUGAUUUCGCAUUCUCCCCCCCCCCCCUCACACCGAUAAACUUUGAUGGUUAGAAGGUCAAACCUGCAACAUUAAAAGUGAUUAUCAUUGGAUGGAAAACAAACAACAUUUAAACCACCCAAUUGAAUCAUCAACCAAAUCAAAUAAAUAAGUCAGAACAAAUAAGACUCUGUCUUUUAUGAUCUAAUCACUUGACUGUGGACGCUGGAGUAGCUAGACUUAGGACUUCAUUAGCGGGAUCGAAAACUGCAACCUAGAAUACUAGUAAGUACGCAACCAUAAUUUUGAUAUUAUGUUAUUGCCCUUGUAAUGUUCAUAUAGUUAUGUAGCAAGAUUUCGCUCGUGUUUGAUUUUAUUAUUGUAAUAAUGCCUAUAUUAUGUUAUUGAUAUCAUGCAUUCUAAUAUUGCCUUUACCGCGGGCUACGACACACCGCCAUACCAUCAUACAGAUGGUAGGUUGUUGUUCCAACUCGCCCAUGUCUCUUUUGAACAAGAUGACAAUAUGUAUACAUGUACCUGUAAAUUUAAUGGUUGUUAAUGAUGCAAUGCCCAAUGCUUCAUUAACUAAAAUGCUUGCUUGGUCCAACAUUGUCGCAAAGCAACAUAUGCUUACGCCAACAAUGACAAGACUUAUAUAUCUAUCCACAAAUUGGAUGUACAUGUACAAGCUAUGUCCCCUUCCAUACACCGAUCUGAAUUCGUUGCUGUUGGAACGGGACUUGUCAGCCUUACGCCUGGAUACGUAUCUAUUUUGUAUCAUUUUGCCUGUAGCCUGGUUUCUAUUACGGGACCGACCUACCUUGAAGCUGGAACUAGGUAAUUGAUUUACGUCCUACACCAAACUACCUAUGGCUACUAGAAGGACUUUGAGAUCAAGGGACUUUUACUACCACGAUUUAUCGCUGGAGAAUCAUCUUCCCCAUCGCAGAGAUCCCACGGAUUCUACGACCGGGAACUCUACGGAGCUGUUCCAAGCGUAGCGAAGUCGGACCGUAACAGGCACACCUUUCUGGAACAGAAGGAGUCUACAAGGAUUGAACAUAAAACCUUGAGCAAUAUAGUAUUAAUAAUGAUGACACUGUCAGUAUGUUAGGGAAUCUUGUAUUUCAUUGAUAUAAAUUUAUAAUUGAAUGAUAUCCAUUUGGUAUAAAUAGUAAUCACCAAGAGUGCAAUACGUAGGAAAUUGUAAUUACCCUUAUUCAAUAAAUACUUGUAAUUAUUUUCUCCUUUAAAAAAGACUUCUUUUCAGUCUAUAUGUAUAUAGGGAGGCUUUUAUGUCUGUGUGGUAAUUUGGCUUAAUUAACGAAACCCUAGACAUAGUGUCAAGAGGAGAUCUUAUACGAGACAAAAGCUCUUUAGUAAAACAUACGUCAGAUCACCACACGGGUAUAUUUUGUGUAACAGUUUUUGGAAAACCGAACACCACCACUUGCCGAACAUUGUGAGUUUGUGAGUUUGUAUGUUCUUAUUUCUGUCGCCACUUUUACUAAUUUUUCCUGUUUCAUAAAACUUUCUUACAUUCCACAGGGCUGUUUUAAUUGCAUAUGACAAUAGGGCCCACGGCUUCCAGUAUAAUUUGACCUUCAUAACUCUUUUGGGGAAGAAGAUCCCUCUCUUAUCAAAGCUUAAAUUAUUUUGUUUUUUAUUCUUGUUAACAUUUCUGAAUAUUUUUUUUUUUUGCUAUGGGUCAAGUAGCUGGCCUCACGUAAAACUUUCUAAUUUUGCACUCGGGCUUGGAGCCAGCGAUGACGGAGUAAUAUCCUUAUGUUGCCCCCACCCCCCAAUCUCAUAGCAAAAAUUUGAUAUACUACAGUUACGAUUAUUCAAAUAAAAUCCAUUUGUAUUUUAAAUUCUAUUCAUGCGUCAAAUUAUGUCAGCAAGAUAUUCUAAGUUUGUGGGCACAUUCUUGUUUUAAAUUAGACCAUUAGAUCAUUUUGAUUAUUUUUCUUUCAAAUAUGUAAGCAUACUUUCCCUAAUUUCGUUUACUUUGCCACCACCCAACAUCAUCAGAGCCAAUAAUAUUUUGUGUGUAGGAUCAGAUUUUUAAACUUUUACCCAUGCAGUGAAAACCAUUUUUUUCUAAAUUGCUUAAAUGAAGAUAUCUGCUUUUAAUAUAAUUUAUCACAUGCACGACUGUGAAAAUUACUUUUUUAAAAUUCCUGCAGUUUUUAAUGUCUACAAAUGAGUGAAUGUUGCUAUGGCUUAUUUCUUUUGCACUACACACUGCAAGCGACACACCUACACACUGGAUGCGACACACAUGUUCCCUGAAAGCGACAUACCUACAGACUGCAAGCGACACACCUUCACCCUGCAAGCGACAUACCGACACAUUGCAAAGCGACACACCUUCACCCUGAAAGCGACAUACCUACACAUUGCAAAGCGACACACCUUCACCCUGCAAGCCACAUACCUAUACAUUGCAAAGCGACACACCUUCACCCUGCAAACGACAUACGUACACAUUGCAAAGCGACACACCUUCACACUGCAAGCAACAUACCUACACACUGCAAAGCGACACACCUUCACCCUGCAAGCGACAUAACCUACACGUUGCAAAGCGACAAACCUUCACCCUGCAAGCAACAUACCUACACACUGCAAAGUGACACACCUUCACCCUGCAAGCGACAUACCUACACACUGCAAAGUGACACACCUUCACCCUGCAAGCGACAUACCUACACACGGCAAAGCGACACACCUUCACCCUGAAAGCGACAUACCUACACAUUGCAAAGCGACACACCUUCACCCUGCAAGCGACAUACCUACACACGGCAAAGCGACACACCUUCACCCUGAAAGCGACAUACCUACACAUUGCAAAGCGACACACCUUCACCCUGCAAGCCACAUACCUAUACAUUGCAAAGCGACACACCUUCACCCUGCAAGCAACAUACCUACACAUUGCAAAGCGACACACCUUCACCCUGCAGGCGACUUACCUACACAUUGCAAAGCGACGCACCUUCACCCUGCUGGCGACUUACCUACACACUGCAAAGCGACGCACCUUCACCCUGCAGGCGACUUACUUACACAUUGCAAAACGACACACCUUCCCCCUGCUGGUGUCACACAUGUUCGAAAGCACUGCUAUAAAUAGAUUACUGACGCUAGAUAAGAUCAAAGAACACUUGAUCUUGGCAUCCGUAUAUUCUGAUAUAAAUAAUUUUGUUCAGAGAAUAGUCCGAACCCCAACCCCCCCCCCCCUAUUUUGAGUAAUCCACCCGGAAACGCAUUAUCUUUAUAAGUAGAUGAACAGUCAUGUCUAGUAGUGACAACAAUAUCAAAUGCACAAUGAGCGUACACUAAUUGUUUUGUUUUUCUGAUAUAAAUAAUUUUGUUCAGAGAAUAGUCCGAACCCCAACCCCCCCCCCCUAUUUUGAGUAAUCCACCCGGAAACGCAUUAUCUUUAUAAGUAGAUGAACAGUCAUGUCUAGUAGUGACAACAAUAUCAAAUGCACAAUGAGCGUACACUAAUUGUUUUGUUUUUUUUAUGUAUCCCAAAGGUACCUUCUCAGAGUAGUCCACAAGAUAUUGCAUUAUUUUUGUACGUACAUGACAGUCAUGUCGACUAAUCCCCAUAAUAUGAAAUGAACUAUGAGCGUACACUAACUUGUUUUUCCUCUAUCACAAAGGUACCGCCCUGUUAGGCACGGCUGUCGUUUGCCAAGUAUCAUCAACUAUUUCCCAAAUAUGAUGUACUCAAAACGCCUGUCAUACAUAAAAUCCUUCAAUGAAAGUAGUAAUGAACGGAACACUUACUGCACAUAUGAUUUAACAUCUCAGUGCAAGGAUGAAGUCCAUCGGGUCUUACAAACAGGGAUUGAAAGCUAUGCAACACAUGAGAAACAAGAACAAUGGAAAACUUUGUCGUGUCUGAUGAAGACAUGGAUGAUGAAGUUCAUGAACGUCCUUCCAAUAUUCGAAAGCAUCAAAGGAAAUAAUUAAUACAUAUCUUAAUACAUAACACACACAGCAUAAUAUAUUACAACUUAGCCCCAGUGCUAUAUGCCCUACACCAAUAAAGGCCCAACAAAGAAUGUAGCAAUAUCAUUUUUCUAUUUUCAAUGAGUUUUUGAUAAUGUCUUAAACUGGUUUUCAAUCUUUAUAUUGGUUGCAUUUUUAACUAAAUUCAGUCAUGACUCGACUACAAUGGUGUUAAGACAGAUCAUCUAAGGAAAAGAAAUUCUCCAUUUUUUAAAUUUUUUUAAAUUAAUGAACUAUAAAA